GCUUGCGCACUGUUUUACAACAUAGGUGCAAUCCAAAGCAAGAUGGCGGUCGACAUUUAUAAGGUGUCAGCUAAGUUGCAGCAUGAUCUUAAAAUAGUUUGACCGGAUAACACGCCAGAAAUCAACAUUUGACAUAUUUUGGAGAUGUAAAAUUAACCAAUAGUAAAGAUGCUAGCAGAAAAUUCUGGACAGCUAUUUGUUAAAGUUGUAUUAUCGUCAUCGUGAUGUUUCACAGCAGAAAAGGAAGCCACGAUGUGAAGAGGGCGAAUUCAAGGUUUAUAGACCCUCGGAGAGAUACUCACACUCGAUUCAGAGCCCUAAGAACGUUGUUAGAUCAGCAACCUCUUGGUGAAAUCAAGAAACUAUUUCAAAGACAUUACGUAGAUAUAUAUUACAUUUUCUAUGAGGAAUUGAAUGCCCUUGUUGCUGCAUUCAAGUCAAAAGGUUACAGAUCAUUUAAAGAAGAGUUAGAAGGACUUUUACUAAUCCUUGAGAAGUUGCUACUUCUUGUUCCUGAAAGAAUAUAUGAAAGAUGGCAGUUCAACAGCAUUGGAUUAAUUUUACGAAGACUCCUUCAUCAUGGAAAUAUGAUAGGGGUGCGAGAGAUUGGGGUAAAAUUAUAUCUGUUGUGGCUUCAAGAUCUGCAAGAAAAUGUUGAUGAGCUUGGUUUGCUGGUGUAUGGGAGCAUUAUUCCUGGUUUCCCCAACCCUCUCAACAAAAUCAAUGCAUCAAAAAUAUACAGACCCCAGAAGUUCAUUGAAUCUGUCUAUUCUUGUAUGAGUGGCACUGGAUAUACAACAGUGACAUCAUCUCAGUAUCUGUCAUAUCUUGAGAUUGACUCAGAUUGGUGCAACACGGAAGCAAUAAUACCAUUGUUACCACCGCCCCAAGGCGAGAAAAAUCCCUCACCUGAAAGUCUUACGACAAGGUUCUUAGACAGGUUGUUGGAUUAUAUGACUAAAAAGAUGAUGGAUGUCAGCUGGAAGGACAUAAAAAUGCGGGAAAGUGGUUUCUACUACUUAUUCCAGCAUUUCAAGCGGUUUUACCUACCAUUUAUCUUUCCUCUUUGGAACCCUGUUGAUACGCUAUAUGUGAAUCAGGAAGAUGUGCAACAAGCCCAAAUCGUGGAAACAAAAACAGGCGAAGAAUCACAAACACAGAUGAAUUGUCGCUGGAGAGUCCUAUGCUGGUUCGUCGCCUUCACUAUUCGAUUUAAAAAGCCGGGACGACGGAACGAGGAAGACCGGAUAUCGGAAUCUUCGAACACUGAUGACUCGGUUAACAACGAUGCUUACUCCCCUGCAGCUACAACAGACGAGAAAAGCAUUCUUCAGUACGAAACACUGUUCGACACUGCCGAAGUAGUUAGAUCAGUUCUCUACUCAACGAAAGACAAUGUUGUCUGCUUACAUGAAGUAUUUCGCCAGGGAUUCCUUAUGCCGAUUUCAUGGUCUGACAUAAUUUGCAGAGUGAUGACUGUGUAUCAUGAGUGGUUCAAACCUACAGAGCGACCAAUAUUUAUGCAAGAAAAUCUGCUACCAGAGGGAGCAGAGACGCUUGUUAUCGAGAACACUGCAACUCUUGUUCCAGACGAUAGAUCACCUUUAUUGCGCACAUCGUCUUAUAAAGAGGCUGUUGUCAAUUGUGAUCGAGGCUUUUUUCCAAGAGUACCAAUUGAAUACGUACGGGCGGGUCUGCAAGCAAAUAUCCGACUAUUUGUCACGAAUUCUAGCUACGUAUUUUUUGCACAAACAGGACAGGAUCUGCUUCAGAAACAGGCUGAAGUUUGUAGAAAGGUCAUCAAAAUGUAUCGUAACAUUGUCCUCGAACAAGCAUUGGAUGCACAAACAUGGAACCAAUUGCUUGUAAUUCUUUUGAAAAUAACUGGAUAUACACUGAAGGGGAGGCCGCCGGUUCCACGUGAAAAGACUCUUGGAGGGCAGCUCUCUACGUAUAUUUUCCAGACGCUGUUUGUAACUUGGAUAAGAGCAAGUCUGCAAGUCAAUGUGCCAUUAGAGCUUUGGAACGAGCUGCUGCGAGUUAUAUCAUCCCUUACUUCAUGGAAUGAGAUGAUUUCCGAAUGGGCGGGGACAAUCGAAACACUGACGAGAGUGCUGGCACGAACAGUAUAUGGCGUUGACCUAGCAGAUUUACCUUUGGAACGGCUAACAGAGCAAAAGCGGAAGAAGCAAAGGGGAAGAGUGUCGGCCAUUUCAGACCCCCAAGGCUGUUAUGCAACAAAGAAAUCGUUUGCACGUGGUUGGAGUCGGUAUUACAAGAGUGACGCAGAGGGAGAGCAGAAAUCCGAGGCAUCAGAUGCCGAAAGCAAUGCGUCGAAUGUCAGAGAUUUUGUGGCCCUGUUGCCAAGAACAACUUCAGUUUCUUUUCAAACUGGCCAGGAUGGACCCAAAAAGUCUUCGUUGAGAGUUAUACAGAGUGAAAGUUCACUAACUGCAGCUUCCGUCUUGCCAGACGUUGUUUCCGGAGAUCAAGGUUACGAGGGCCCGGUCGAACGAAAAAGAACACUGCUUGAAGUUGCCGACGAGGAUGAAACCGGCGAACUUCCUCUUCGCAAUGUACCAGAGGCUGAAGGGAAAGCAAGAGAUGCCCCCAUGUCCCCAGUGCCUGUGAUCGAUGCCCCUCUGCUUGAUGCUCCUCUUGCGAUCCAAGAAACUUCAAGCAGUGACUCAUCGGCAGAAUUCGAUCGACCACAAUCCACAGCUUUCAAUGUUGAUAAUGACGAUGAACGGUCUGAAGAGACUGAGGGACUCCUUAACGAAGUGCUUGAGUCUGCCGACCGAAUUUAUAGCCGGCAUGUUCAUGGGCGAAAAUCAAAAAGCAACAGCAUUUCAAGCGAGGAUAGUUUUGCGAGUUGUGCAAGCUUUCCAUACUCCGAGGUGAUCCUGAAAAGUGACGGCUCACGAAGUGUCACUCCCAGCAUUGCGUCAGAUCGCUUAAGUAGGGAUGAUUUAGACCAGUUUUACGCGCAAGCCGAAGCUCACAGAUCCACCAACAGUCUACUAGAUGUUCAAACAGCUUCUGGUCUCAGUCAGUCUGACGAAAAUAACAGUGAAAAAUCUUUGGAUACGAAACCCCCUGACAUAAUUAGCGAUCACUCAAGCGCUACUGAUCCCGAUCUAAUCAGCUUCGAUUCCGAUGUGCAACUUUCGUCCAAGGCAACAGGAAGCGACUCGCAAAGCCUGGACAGCGCUGCAUUCACACUGUACGAAGGAGACACUGUUGGUAGUUUCAAAGUGCCAAAGGGAAAGAUAUUAGAAUCAAGAGUGACCCUAGAAUCUAGGGGGAGUUUCACUUCCAGUUGUUCGACGUUGGUUGGUGAUCAUUCAGAUACACGUCAGCAUGUUCGAUUUGCGGAAGAUACGAGAGAAGAGCCUGUUUCUGGUCCAGAGAGUAUGGACUCUUCUGACAGAUUUCGAGAAAGACAAGACACCCUGACUGAGGAUUCUGAAAGCAAUGAGGCUGUUGAAGAACAAAGUGUAAUUGCAGGGGGGAAAGCUGAGGGUUGGACCCCAGUUUCUGCAACAGUUUUAUGGCGAAGGAUGAUUGGGAUACUUGGAAACAUAAACAAGAUCAAAGAUCAGAACAUACAUGCCAAAGUAUUUGAACAUUUGAUAGAUACUUGGAGCAUGCUUCACACGGUACGGCAAAACCAAGGAAUUUCCCUCGACAACAGAUCUACUCCUCCACAACCACGGCUAAUUCCACCGUUGCUAUUCUGCUCAUCAUGGUGCUUUGAGGCAAUGUCUCUAAGUCGGGCUUCUGAUCACAAGACCGGUCGCAUGUUAGCUUAUAAGUUGAUGUGUUUGAUGACUGUCCGUCGACAUGACAAUGACGUGUCUCGAGAACACCUUACACACUUCUAUCGCCUUCUACAUGCUGGGCUUACUGGCUCUGAUCAAGAUGUCAUCAAUUCCAUUAUCAGUCAAAGUGUGGAUUUCUACAGCUUUGCUUUCUCUGGCUCUUCUGCCCUUAUCCUUGAUUUUGUUUUUGCUGCAAACACAAUUAUUUCAACACAAAAUCUAAAGCACCCAAGGAAAGAGGCUGUGUCUUUGCUAGGAUCGUUGUUGUGUUAUCCUCAUUUGUACGCCGAUAUGAAAAUUCACCAGCCGAUUAAGAAAGUUGGUGAUGCAGAAGCGGUUAUUUGUGGUAAAGACUUACGGGAGCAUAUCAUUGUUCCACUCCUGAAGGCUGCAAAAACAGACCCUUCCUGUCUCGCAAGAUGUGCAUCGCUAAACUGUUUAGGGGUUUUUGUAAUGGAAAGUAUUAUGAAUUCAGAAGGCCACCCACGAGUGACAGAAUGCUUGUGCGUCAUCUUAGCAUCACUGUGUUUCCACAACAAAGCCGUUUCAAAUGUUGCCCUUGAUAUAAUCUGGUCAUUGAAAUUCGUGUAUGAGGAGCUGAGCUGCCAUGACACAGUUUUGCCGUUGAAACUAUUGGAGGCACUUUGUUUAACAACUCUACAGCUUUUGCUUGAUUAUAAAUCUGGCAGUCCUGAUAUGAACAGUGAUACGGCCCCUGAGUUCAUAUCCAAGAUGGUACUUUGUGUGUUAGACUGGGCCAUGGUCAUUUCAAAUUCACAGCUGCUAACGAAACGCAAAGACUCGGUCGAUUGCGCUACUUAUCUGGCUCUUGUUUUCAAGACUUUCAAACGAGCGCAUGAUGGUUAUUCGCCAGCAAAGUAUCCAGAGAAACGACGGUCUGUCAACAUAAAUCAAGUAAUGGCUGGUGACAGCCGACCAAUUCGCCUGUCGAGGGUUCAAGACGACGUGUCAGAUUUUCCGGAUGGUUUUGAGGGACAAGAGGGGAAAGAAAUUUUACAAGAUUUUGCAUUAGAAGCUGUGCUUGAGAAAAGAAAAGAGCUGAUCAAAAUCACUUCGAAAUACGCAAUCACUCAGCUGAUAAAUUAUCUCGGCCACUUUCCGUUUAAUACCGGAGCUGUUCGACCCCAUAGUCAAGUUAUGGAAAAUGAGGACGAUUCUACCAAUGAAGAAGAUUUAACGCCAUCAAUAUUCGAUCAAGACAAUGUACAGUUCUUUUUGCUGAACAAAGCUACCCUGCUCUCGGCUGUUGAAAUUAAUUUGAAGAAAGACGAGAAGAUUGAUAGCCCGCUUCAAUCAUAUGACAAGUUUUGUAGAUUCAUUUUGCGAGACAUGACGGGAAAGUACUGUUGGGAUCACUCUGUUUUAUUUCCAGAGAAAAAGAUUUUGGACGAACCUGAUAUGGGCUCCUCAUUCUUCAGCUGGCUGCGCAGUUUCCGUGGAAAGAAACUAGUAACCAGCGGAUGGAACAAGAGUUUUGAAUCCGGGAGUCCAAGACUGCUCACGUGGGACGAGAGCUCGAAUGUUGAUAGAAUAGAUCAGAUGUUGUACUAUGUUGGAAAUACCAGCCCAGAAUGCCUGAUAUUCCGGGACCAAGCCUUGAAUGUACCAGCUCCGGUUCCAGAACAGAUAACAACAGAUAUCCAAUCGUUAGUCGUCACAUCGGUCUUAAAGCAGCACAAUAAAGAACAGAAUUAUGUUCACGAAAUAAGAGACGACGAUAGAAUAAACGCUACGAGGAUAGAUGCACCAGAGGUGAUCGAAUCAACUGCACCAUUUUACCUCUCUCGAUAUUUCAUCCAUCAGUUUGGCCUUUUGUCUUGGGAAAAGCGGCAAGAGAUAGAUCUUUUGAAAAAGUCGGCAGGAUUGAUACGAGAGCUAAAGAACCUUGAUAGCAGACCAUGCCGGGAGACUCAUAAAAUUGCCGUGUUUUACGUUGGUUCUGGGCAGGAAGACAAAAUGUCGAUUAUGUCAAACACUGCUGGCAGCAAGAUGUUUGAAGACUUCGUAUCUGGCAUGGCGUGGGAGGUCGAUCUUGCAACUCACAGUGGCUUUAUCGGUGGUCUUGAACGAAACCUCUCGACUGGAAACUCUGCUCCCUACUUCGCAACACAUGACUUGGAAGUGAUUUUUCAUGUUUCCACAAGAAUGCCGCUUUCUGAAGGAGAGUCUGGCAUUAUAACAAAGCUUCGUCACCUUGGUAAUGAUGAAGUUCAUAUUGUUUGGUCUGAGCAUUCAAGAGAUUUCAGAAGAGGCAUUGUAAACAUGGAAUUCGGAGAUGUGAUUAUCGUUAUUUAUCCACUAAAGAACAAUCUAUUUAAAAUCAAAAUCGAUAGGAAACCUGGUAUACCUCCUUUCGGGCCAUUGUUCGACGGUGCUAUCGUCAAUGGUAACAUACUCCCGUCAUUGGUGAGGUCGACUGCAAUAAAUGGAGGCAGAGCAAAGAGGUCGACAAUGCCUCUUUUUGAAAGACAUUAUGAGGAGAGAGGACGCUACAUUAACCAAAUAUCGGAAAAGCACGUCGAAGAAACUUCAUUUGAAAUGUUUGCCAAAAGCAUAGUAAACCCUUGUCGUGCUUACAAGAACAAAACAGGUAGAACACUUGAUGUAGAAGAUGGCUUGGUACAUCGAACAUUUAGUUUACCAAGCCGGCCAGCAGCAUCUUCAGAUCCGGUCGCCAUGUUGAAGUUGUUUGAAGCACAGGGGGACAAAGGUCACAGAAGCAGAGCUAGUAGCAGUGUAGACAAAACAAGAGAAAAAGGCGUGGUCUCUCCAGUUUCAUCAACUGAUGAAUCAAGCCAAGAUUUGGAAAUAGAAAAACCAAGAGAACGAAAGCGCUCUUUGUCGAAGAGAUUCAAGUCGGGCACACGGACUUUUUCACCAGCAGAACAAGAUGAUUCGGGAGCCACGUGACGUCAAUCUUUUUAGAUGUCUAUAAUUUGCAAUUCCUUUUGUCCAUUUUUGUCUCAUGUAUUAAAGCCAUGCUGUAUCUAAUACCCUCCUUUUAAACUCAUUACAAAAAUAUCAGUCUGACAAAUGAUAAAAUCCUUUGUUAUAAAAGCACCUUCCUCUGUUGCUCCGUUUGUCUGAAGGAAGUGAACUUUCAAAAAAAGUUUUGUCCCUUUUUAACAAUGAACACUGAAGGUUUUUGUCAUACUUGUGAAAUCAAGAAAUACUGAAAAAGUUCAUUCUUCUAAAAUAUGCUAGUUAGCUUCAUUAUCAAUCCUUGAUCCUGGUUUAGCUUGGCGUUCAGGUUUAAAACAACCUUGUAUUGCUUUAAAAUCGUUUUGUAACCCAUAAAGGCCAAAUACUUUGGAAGCCUGUGGUCAAUUGUGUUACGUUUAGAUCUACUUGCUUAUUAAACAGAGUCAAAUUUGGCUUUAAGGACCCAUCCACAGAUGCAGCAGGUCUGCUUUCAUAGCAAGCAUAAUGUAUUUUAAUCGAUCGUGGACAUCUAAACAAGGAGCUCUUCAGCAUAUAGUUUAUCUGAAACUUUCCUUAAUUUAUGAAUACACCAAUUUUCAGAGGCAUCUUGGAGCUAGGGACUUACUCGCAUGGAUUAUUAGUAAACAACUUUAUUUCACUGACCUUGUUAAGUUACACGAGGAACGAGAUACCGUAUGUGUGGCCAUUUCCAAGAAAUCUCAAGGAGGCCUUUUCAUAACAGAUUUCAGGGGCAUUCCCUUCCGCUUUUUGAAGAAGCUUGAUGUUUCAUCUCGAACUUUAAAAUUCAUCCUAAUUGUUUGUAUGCAAAUCAAGUUUUCUACGGUCCGGUGACAAGGACAAGUGCGUCCAAGUAAUGUUCUAACAUACUAGGUAGCUGUUUCUUCUAGUAUUUGUCUCCUCAUGUUUAUAUGAUAAAGUAAUACCAAGUUUCAUAGCACCUGUUCCCUAUCGAUACUUUCGUUUCCCUCCCUAGAUAUAAAUGUUAUUUUUGUUUGCAUCUUAGUAUAUUUCGCUAUUUUUUUCUUCACAAGCCAAGUCCUGUGCUUUUAUAUGAUAAGUCCAUUUUGUAUCUUGCCUUGACAAUGCCCUUGUUUUCCUCGCUUUACACACAGAAACUCUGUGCUGUUAUAAACAACUGAGGUUUCGUAAUCAGUGGACAUUCUUAAUCAUACCAACUCGCAGAAGUAUUGCAUUAUUCAGGAAUCUGUCUUUGCAAAUAUCAGUAAUUGUAUAUGUAGCGGAUUUCUAUAAAUUUAUUUUGUAAAGAAGUUUUAUUUCCCUAAUUGUAGUCAGAUUUGUAUUGACUGCGUAAGAGUUUUAAUGAUACGAGAUUAAUAAUUUACAUGCUUCGAGAAAUAAUGAUUGUAACAUGAUUCAUCAUAUAGAAUAAUUUUGCAUUGACGGGAAAAUUCAUUUUGUUGUAGCAUAUAUUCUAAAGAAGAUGCAAUGAAUAG